AAAUCAGAAUGGCUGGUACUAAGGAUCCAAUUGGGUACAUGUAAUUCCUCCAGUCUUUGAGACUAAUGCGGAUAAUGAUUGGGAGGAUGUUAAAUCACCGGUAGAGGACGGUUCAGGAGCUCUCUGUUUGACUGAAUGUUGGUAUACGCAUGCAAUAUAGGUCGAUGCGUUCUUGCAUCUUAAAACAGUGGUCAAACUGGUUGUCUGGCCCGUCACGUAGUGUGACGCACGAGUCUAUCAAUGGCAGAAGGUCGAGAAGAUGCUUCUGAAAUACAUCACACACUGGUCAAAAGCAGGAGUCUCAGACAUAUCGUGCUCUAGUGUACAAUGAGAGUAAACCUUUAGCAGAGCUUAUCGACAUAUCAAGCUCAGCUAAUAAGUUCACAAGAGAACAUCGUCAAAAUGGAACCUCACUGGUCUUCAGCGGACCACAACCCAUCACAGAUGAGCGGUGUGGAGAAGACAUCUGCCGGCUGGUAUAAACCCACUCAUUCCAGAAGCAGCAGCACAGCAUCAUCACGCCACUCGCGUCUGAACAUAAAACAUUGGGAGGUGAUGGAUGACUUUCCAGAUAUGAAUCUCAUCGGAGAGAGCAUGCAGGAUUCAAAUCCUCGGGGAAUUUGUGAAGGGUACCUGAUGAAGAGGAGAAAGUGGCCUCUGAAAGGAUGGCAUAAGAGAUACUUUUACCUGGAUAAAGGGACCCUACGGUAUUCUAAAAACCAGUAUGAUUUUUCCAAAGGGAAGAUGCAUGGUUCAAUGGAUGUCAGUCUCGCAGUUAUGUCAGUAAACAAAAAAGCAGGACGCAUAGAUCUGGAUGCUGGACACAAUCUCUAUCACUUGAAAGCCAAAAGUCAUGAGUUAUAUAAUGUAUGGGUCACCAAGCUGAGUGCCCACAGAAUGUUUAAGAAGAACGAGGCUGCACACGUUCACAAUGGCUUUCUACAUGCCCUGACCCAAAGUAGCCAUUUAUCUCAGAAAAACAGUGCCAUGCCGGACAUGAGCACGUCUGCAUCUUACUUGGGUGAAACUCAAAAAGCGAAUCUGCCUUGCAGUAAUCCUGUUGUCAAUGGAAAAGUGUCAGCCUGGCUCCAGACCCAAGAGCCUGACGUCUGCGGCCAAGAGCUUAACCGUUGUCAACUGGAGUUGAAUGAACUUCAUCGGCAGGUUCAGAAGCUGCACUCUCUUGAGUCAGGCAAAGCAGUGAAUGACGAAGACCUUCAACGGAUUAUAAGCAUGCAGAAUCUUUCUAUAGACAAGCCCAAGAAGAAGCCUGGCAAGAUCUGGGGUCACUCUCGCACGCUCUCUAGAGUUGAAGCUCUUGGAACGCCAUUCCGUGGGAUCACUAAAUCGUUAUCAUCAAGCCACCUAAACAGCUCUUCCCACCUGGGAACCUCUGUGCCCUGCAUCCCAGAUUACGUCUCCACCCAGCUGACCCCACAUGUCCCCACAGUCCCCACCUCAACAGAAGGCAAGAAGCUUCAUCAGGAUAUCUGCUCCAUGUCUUUGAAAGUUCAUGCCUCUUUGCGAUCUGCACACGAGGCUCUCGCUCAGGAGCGCCUGCGGCUUAAGGACGCCUGGUCCAGCAGAGAGCUCCACCAGACCACAUCUGCACAGAUCAACAAUCUCUGUAGCCUGGCUGAGUUAGAUGUUAAUUCCCGUCACACCAAAGUCCACAAAUUGUCAGUGUCCUCUGAAUCUUCUGAAGACUCCUACCGCACUGUGCUACAAAGGAAGUUUGGUUCAGUCCGCAGUUCUGCACCGUCAGUUGCUGACUCGGCAGCGGAGUAUUUUGAUGCAUGUGAUGAGCUUGUGGGUGUGAGCUCUUCCGAGAUGUCCGAUGAGUCCGGUCUGAGUGACGGGUCCAUUAAUUCAGAACCUGAUGAGGCUCAUGCAAUCGCUUCACGCAAGUACCGGGCCAGUCUCUCAAAGGCGCCACCUAAACUCAACACCAACAAAUGUACUGGACGUCGUACUAGUUUGCCUGCGGUCUGUCCUGACAACAGUCACGUUGGCUUGAUGACCAUCCUCUACAACAACAUAGGGAAGGACCUGUCUCGCGUCUCCAUGCCGGCAGCUCUGAAUGAACCCGUUUGUCUCUUGCAGAGACUCUGUGAGGAACUGGAAUACUCUGAGCUACUGGACACAGCCAACCAUACUGAUGACCCCUAUCACAGAAUGGUUUAUAUUGCUGCUUUUGCCAUAUCUGGCUAUGCCUCAGCGCAAUAUCGCAAUCGCUACAAACCCUUCAAUCCUGUUCUGGGAGAGACGUUUGAGUGUAUCAGAGAGGACCGUGGCUUCCGUUACCUUAGCGAGCAGGUUUCACAUCAUCCACCCGUAUCGGCCUGUCAUGCAGAUUCCAACAAUUUCAGUUUCUGGCAGGACCAGAGAUGGAAGAACAAGUUUUGGGGCAAGUCUUUGGAGAUCAUGCCAACUGGGAUGGUGAAUGUGAUUUUAAAAAAGUACGGGGACCACUACGAAUGGAACAAAGUGGUGACAUGCAUCCACAAUGUCCUCAGUCAGCAGCGAUACCUCGAGCACUAUGGCGAGGUCAUCAUCCGCAACCUGGAAAGUUCAGUCUGCACCUGUAAGAUCACAUUUGUCAAGUCUCUUUACUGGGGUUCAGAUGGAUCCAAAAAUGAAGUGCUGGGUCAAGUUCUUGAUGAGACUGGUAAGGUCAUUCAUCGAUUCGGUGGAUUUUGGCACGAGGGGAUCUUCUGUGACACCGUGCCCAACCCACAAUGUAUCUGGAAGCCAAAUCCACAGCCAAAGAACUACAUGCUUUACUAUGGCUUCUCUAGCUUUGCUAUGGAAAUGAAUGAGCUGACCCAUGAACUUAAGCCUCUGCUGCCCCCUACAGAUACACGUUUACGCCCAGACCAAAGAUUACUUGAAGAGGGAAAAGUAGAUGAGACUGAUAAAAAGAAGGAUGAGGUGGAGGAAAAACAAAGAGAAAGGCGGAAGAUUCUGGCCAAGAAAGGAGAGGAACACAUUCCUCGCUUCUUCAGGAAAACCUUAGAUGCUGCUGGAAGGGAAGUGUGGCUGUUCAAUGGAACUUAUUGGAAGAUCAGGGAGAACCCAGGAUUUUCCAAGGUGAAGAACUUGGAGAUGUGGUAAAGGUAGAUUCCUGCAGAACGAGGACAUCCAUGUGAUGAAUUCAACUGGAUUUAAGAAAAGCGGUGUUAAUUUGAAGCUUUUGGGUGCAUGGAUGAAUUGCUCUGGGAUUUUUCCACUGAGCAAGGAUGGUGCUUUUUCCCGACAGGAAUGGGAUACAUUUAUAAUUGUUGGUGAGGACAUAAACUCUUGUGGACAGUGUGACCUUGUCUUCCGCUUUGGAUAAAAUAUAAACCCGGAUUACAAACUAUAAGGUGAACGGCAGAUGUACUUGAGCUCUGGAGAUGUUUGGUUUUAACCACCUGUUGUGUGAGCACAUUUCAAUGAACUACGCUAAAUGGCUUUUCCGUUCAGAUAAGCACUUGUUUGACAAUGGAGACAAUCGUAAGAGUUUAUCUCAGUGGAGUCCGAAUGAAGACCAAAAACAAGAAGACCAAGAUCAAGAACUAUUUAUGCGUGCUAACUCUUUUUUUAAACAUAAGAUUUACUCUUGGUUAACUUUUUAAUGGGUCUGUUAUUUCUUCUGUUAGAGUCACGGCUCAACCUGAGCAGGAUUUAGCCUUAAAUGGAUUAAUUCUAAUUCUGGUCCUCAUUGACUUACACUGAAGGAGAGGUGAGAUGUAUGCUCUGCCCUCUUGUAUUUUAUUUCGUAAAGCAAGUGUCAUUAUAUUUUAUAUUUUGGGCCAUUAUAUUAUGUUUGUUGAUAAGUGAAUUUUGCUUACAGUUAAAGUCUUACAUGAAAGUUGUUUUUUUUGGAAACGCUUCUUUGUACUCUUGGCCAAAAUACUGUUUAAGAACAUUCUCAGUGUACAAAUGUACAAUUAAUAAUAAAAAGCCAUGAGCUGCAUUGUAAAUCACAAUGGCAAAAUCGAGAGAAAAUGCAAACUUAAUUUAGUAUAGUUUCAUCUUUAUUACAUUUAGAAUAAAUCAAAAACAUCAUUUAUUAAUAUUUACAGUAUUUUGACAGGGUUCUGCCGUAUCUGAGGCUCAGUGUGCUUGAGGAAAUACAUGUUUAUUUGACACCUCUUUAAUUAUUAAGAUUUGUCGCUAUUAACUCAAAAGAAAAAUACUCAAACAUCAGUUGGUGCCAUUGAAAACAUACUAUAAAUAGGUUCCAUGAAAGACCUGAUAUUGACUUGAAGAUAUGAGGAGCAUAAUGUCCACCAGGGGUCAGCCAAAACAUAGAUUCAUUACUAAUAAGACCACAACAGACAAUUUGCUUUAAGUGCACACCAACAGUAAAAAAAGUUUUAGUGCAAGUGUAAAAAACAAAACAAAAAGUAACCAUACAGCAACAUGAAUUAUACACCUUUUAAAUUAACAUAGAAACACUGUUUAAUUGCACUUUAAAUUUCAAAUGGUCUGCGAUUGUAUUAUUUCUCUUGUAACCACAUUGUUUUUAUUUGUCACUUUAAACGCUAAUAUCUAAAUGGACUAAACCCGUUAACAAAAUAAUUCUUACAAAUGACAGAAUAUUAAACCAGUGUCUUUUACCUGUUUGUCGGCAUAAAUAAUUAUUGGCACGUAUUACUGAUAUUUAUUCAUGGCUUUUGAAUCCAGUGAAGGCAUUGUAAAAUAAUGCCACGAUUGCCUCUAGAUCUGUUUACUCUCUUUUUUCACUUGGGUUUGCAUCACACGCAUAAAAGACAGAGGCAGUUAGAGUCCGUUUGCUGACUUUUAAAAAUUUCCUCAAUUUAUUUGUCACCCCUUGCUUAUGUGCAUGUAAGGGUAUACGUUGACUGUGUGUCAUAUGGAAGGAGCAGGAAACUUCAGUACAUGUACGAUUAUGAUGUUUGGCGAGGGCUUGUGGGCUUCUGCUGUGGCGUUUUGUCACCCACUUAUCAAUCUGAGGUCAUUCUCACCUCUGAACGCCAGUUGUGCCUGAUAGGUUCACACUAAAGGCUUUUUCUUCCUCUGUGUCAUUGACGUCUAUGUGUGGGCUGUUUGCAUGUUACUCCGUUGUUUGAAUAAAGAUGAUGUCUAGUCAGUCUGAAGCCCCUGCCAGGUGUCCAUUUUUCCACCCUGUCUGUCUGCAUGCUGUCAUGCGUGACGCCUUGAGGCUUCAUGCUGUUGCUAUAAGUUUGUCCCGGUUACGGGUCAGAUCAGAUUGAGAGUUAAUCAAACUCGCCCUGACUUUAACUAUCGAGACCUUAGGAUUACAAGGCUUUGCCUAAAACAAGCACCUUACGAGUAAUCAGUUUUACUUCUUGACAUUAAAACAAUGAAGAAGCUUUUAGCUUAGUAGAAUAUAAUUUUAUUCAUUUAUUUUAUGAAGACCUUAGAGGAAUUUUUCUCCAAAAAGGGCCCCCAUCGACUUGACUGGCUCUCCAGUUUUUGCCAAGUGGUUGAUAUCCUUAGGACAACAUCUCGUUGACACUGGGACAACAUUUACAUCAACCAAGCAGAUUUCAGAAAUAAGUUUAAAGCUUCUUUUAAAUGUAAUCUUCCAACCAGGAUUUGGUGCUUCUACCAUUGUUUUUCACUUCAUUUCCCUCUGACUUUUGGGUUAAGUUAUGGUUAGGGUUGGGGUUUGGUUAAGGUUUAGAUAUGACAAAAUUUGUUGUCCCGAGGACAUCAACCACUUGGCAAAAUCAGGUCGAGCGACUUGACCAUAGUAAUGUUUACUUUCCUACUAUGGUAAGCCAAUGUGGAACAUUUUUUGGGUGACCUUUUGCCCUAGCUAAAAUGAAUACAUAUUUAGAUUAUACAUUUUUGCAUGUUUAAGUUCUUUUUAUCCUGAUAUCUUAGCUUAUGGUUUAAAAGAUUUUAGUUUUAUUUGGUGACAUUUGUUAAACUAUAAAAAAACAAGUUGCACUCUAGUCUGUACACUAAUGUCCUCUCUGACUUAUUAACCUUUAACUUUCUUUCACUUUGUACUUUUUAUCGCUCUUGUGAGGUGUUGUGCAGUUUUAUGUGCUUGAACCUACAAGAGGACUGAUGGAAAAGACAUAAGUACUAUAUGUGAACUCUGUUCUUUAAAGUAAAUAGAGUAUGAAUUGUAACGUAUGACCUCCUUUAACCAAAAUAUGUCUGUCUAUUAAAAGAUAGAAUCGCAGCUGGUGCAUAGAGCCAUGCUGUUUUAGACACUGUGGCUAUUUCAUUUCAGCAUGUGUUGUCUGAGUGGUCUAGGCUUUGUGCUUAUUGCUCAUGCUUUCCAAAAUUUGGCCUUUGAAAAAUGCACAAAAGUAGAAUGUAUAAGGGACAUUUGACCAAACACAGAAAAAAAUUCAUCAUUUUCUUACUUUGAUGUCACUCCAAACUUUUAUGACUUGUAUUUCUUCUGCAGGAAACAAAAGAAGAUAAUUUUGAAAAAUGCUGGAACCAAACAACAUUGGAGCCCAUUGAUUUCCAUUGUGCGGAGCUCAAAAAGCUGCUUACUAACAAUGGUAGUGAAUAUUGACCACUGCUAGUCCCCAUCCACUUUUAUUUUAUAGCUGCAGUUUGGACAUUCUGGGUAAAUAUAUGAAAGUCAGUCACAAGGAUUUUGAACGACAUAACACUGACUACAUUGGAAUCUUCAUUUUUGGGGUGAACGGUCGCUUUAAGGACAUAUGAGAAAUGUGGCGAAAACUAUUUGAUCGUAUGUUUGUGUGUCCUUGUGAAAGAGUGAUGCGUGGGUUUAGCGAGGUGUUUACGUGUCUGCGUUUGAUGAGGGGGACGAGACAGUUCCUUUGGGGGAGUGUCAGCAGGUGUGGUGUGAAAUCUUUAGCUGCUUGAGCGUCUGAAGUCGAACAGGUCUGUCUGUGUGUGUCUUCAGGCAAGUGUCUCAAUGCAGUCACAUCGUCUCGGCUCUUACGGUGACCUUCAGAACACCUCCACGUGACCUUACCCCCAGACAACUAACACUUGACACACAAAGCACAAAGGGGCCACCAAACAUGAAGCAGAGAUGAUUGUAAUGUCUGGCACUAUACAGAGAACCAGUUAGAGUCUCUUCACAUUGUCAAAAUGCUGUGAAUCGGAUGGUGCCUUGGUCUCCAUUAUGAGACCAAAACCUAUUUCAUGUUUUGCAUCAAUAAAAUUUCAUUUGUGCUUUCAAAAAUCGAAU